AUGACAUCGCGAAGCAGGGAUCGACGGGUUUUCUUUGAGCGACAUCCUUUUUCGUCCGGCUUCCUGAACCCAACAUUUCUACCCACUUCUCUUGAGUGUAUAUUCAAUCCAUUUCACGAUGAAACCACGACUCCCACACUCCCUACACGCUCACAGUGGAACGCCAAACUGAACCCCCCUGAAUGUACAUACGCUCCCGAGCUCAACAUACCCACCCGACAACCCGGACAGAUGUACUUUAGCUAUCUCUUCUCGUGCGGCAAGGCCUAUAUCGCGUUCUACAAAUCCGGGAUCUCGCACGUCCGCAGCACAGCGCGACUCGCAAAAUCGCUGGGACCUAAAGCGCGGAUGGUGGGGGCGGGGAGCGCUGUUUUAACGAGGGCAGAAUGGCAAGUUAUUAGGAGAAGUAGAAGGGAUAUGUUAAGGUUACCUGCGUUUGGGAUACUGGUGUUGGUAAUGGGGGAGUGGUUGCCAUUGAUCGCGUUGUGGAUUACUCCGCUUGUACCUGAGGUCUGUCGGAUUCCAGCACAGGUGCGGAAGGAGUUGGAGAAGCUAGAGAAGACGCGGAGGGAGAGAGUGGAGAAGAUGAUAAUGAGUGUUAAGGAGGAACUCAGGCUAGAGGGGAGGCAUGUGGUGAAGUUGAGAGCUCCGCAGACGGUGCAGGUGGAAGAGGUAAGGAGGUUGAGUCGUGUUGAUCUAAUAAGUGUGAGUGCGAAGCUGGAUGCGCACUCUCGGGUUCUUGAUUAUUUACCUCGGAUUGGGCCGGUGGUUGUGGCGUUGAGGUGGGGUUUGGAAAGGAAGUUGAGGUAUUUGUGCACAGAUGAUGAUUUAAUUAUGAAAGACGGGGGGUGGCAGGGGUUAGGCAAAGAGGAAGUCAGAAGAGCGUGUGUGGACCGGGGAAUUGAUGUCUUGGGGAGGAGCGAGGCGGAGAUGAGGAAGGGUCUUGCGGGAUGGUUUGACGGCAGACGGGAUACAAGAAGUAGGUCCCGUUAG